AGGGAAAACGAAAACUAUUUUGUAAUGGCACAUUCGAUGAAGUUAAUUCUUAUUUUUUCUUUUCUUUUUAUAUCAACCAUUAGUGCAUUCGAUGCUUACAUGGUGGUCUCUCAAUACCCACCAACUGUUUGCAAGCCACCGAGAGUAUGUGCUGUGAAUUUAGAACUACUACCUCGUACUUUCCUACUAUACGGCGCCUGGCCUGUAGAUACUACUAAUCCCAAAACUCAGUUGAUAGCAGACCCAAAUGCACCUGCUUUUGACGUGAAUCUUUUUUCGGAGGCGCAAAAGCAAAUGUUAGAACACAUGUGGCGUGAUAUAAAAAAUGGAGAUGACAUUAAGUUUUGGGAGGAACAGUGGGACAAGCAUGGUAAGGCUUCCAAUUUGGAUCAAGUAGCAUAUUUUAUAAUGACCGCCUAGAUGUAAAAUUUUAUGAUGCUAACAUACAAAAAAGCCCUAAGCCGCAAUCCAUAAGUUUUAUCAAAACUUCCCUAGCAAAACUAAUGAAUGGAGUUGAACCUAUACUGGUUUGUCUAGGAAAAAAAAACAAUCGCGAGUUAGCAGAAGUUAGAUCUUGUAUAAACUCGACUGACCAUUACGUAUCUUGUGGUAUAGGUGUAGGAGAUUUAAAUUGUGAUCCUUCACAAGAUGUAGUGUGGGAAUAAAAUAUUACUAUGUAAUCUCUA